UAAACAGAAAAUUAGAAAGAACCCAGGGCUGCCUACAUAUUAAGAGUAUCGAUUAAGUAUCUUGUUUAAAAAUUAUGCAUAUUAUUAAGGUCUGACCCUACUAAUGGCCUUGUUACCAGCGCCCUUCAUCCCUCUCCCUGUGGCACUUGCUUGUGUCUACCUUCUCAAAAUGGAUGUCUUCAUCUUCAUCCUGGAAGACCUUUUCCCGCAUUCUGUGGCUAACAGCGUAUUCCUCACCCCCUUCAGGGUAGCCCCCAUAUGGAUUGCAUCUGCCGAAAUGUGCAGAAUAUUCCCGUUCGUCGCCUUCGUUAUGGGCGUUCCCAUCCAACUAUUGUCCAAAUCGGGGCAAAUUCUGCUAAAUUCAGAACUGCGUGGGGAAUCCGAAAUUCAAAGAAACGCAAUUCUUGUACAGUUCAAUCAACUGCGUGUACUAAACGCCGCGAUGGAAAACGUCCUUGCAGCCAUGACAUUUGUCCUCAUGGGAACCGGCCUCAUAAUCUCAUCCCUGCUGAAUUUUGCCACAAUCAGAUUCCUCGACGCCGCCUUGCCAAGGGUCUUCUACUUAAUGUUCCCAUUUUUAUCGACCACCACCCUCGUCAUUAUUUUCACCCUGCUCCCAUUCGCGAUUCAGGAUUACGAAAAUUCCGUAGCAACUUUGUCCAGAUGGAGAGAAUUAGUAGGCUUGAAGGAUAAAGAAUUGCGCAAGAGGCUACUCGCCAUGCGACCCAGGAUGUAUUACGCAGGCCUAAAUAAGCACUAUUUCUACUCUCUUACAAAAUCUAUGACAGGCACUUACACGAUGGCCAUUGUCGAUAACACCGUCAAUUUGUUAAUGACCAUCCCAUCUGUACAUAUCUGAAUUUUUUCAAGCAAUUAGACAAUUUAUUUGAAAUUAUUUAAGUGAUUAUUUAAAUUAUACACUUCCAUGUAUUUUAUUUUAAUAAUUCAUAAGGAUCGUGGAGAUAAACACAUCACAAAAGAUAUAAAGAUACACACCCAAUAGAUUGAUAAAUUAUUUAUCAAGUCGAAAUCAAUGUAUUUAUCAUAAAUACAUUGAUUUCGACUUGAAAUACAAAUGACAUAAUUC